UCUCCUGCCGCUUUCGUCGAUGUCUGUGGUCUGGAUUCUGGGCUUGUUCCUGCUUGGCACUGCCAGUGGUGGCGAGGUGUGCUAUGAAAACCUGGGCUGUUUCACGGACGACGUUCCCUGGGCGGGCACCACCGAGCGGCCAAUCGCCAAGCUCCCCUGGAGCCCAGAGAAGAUAGGCACCCGCUUCAUGCUCUUCACCCGGCAGAACCCCAACAACCACCAGGAGAUCACAACAAAAGAGGACAUCCUUCUGGCAUCGAACUACAACGGGACCAGGAAGACGCGCUUCAUUACCCACGGCUACGUCGACAAAGGGGAUGAAAACUGGCUGAUUGACAUGUGCAAGCUGAUGCUCCAAGUGGAGGACAUCAACUGCAUCUGCGUGGACUGGAAGAAGGGAGGCCGGACCCUGUACACGCAGAGCGCCAGCAACAUCCGCGUCAUCGGGGCCCAGAUGGCCUACAUGAUCCAGCUGUUCCAGACGGUGUACCAGCAGAGGCCCGAGUCGGUCCACAUCAUCGGACACAGCCUGGGGGCACACUGUGCAGGCGAGGCCGGGCGCAGGACACCAAACCUGGGCCGCAUCACCGGUCUGGAUCCUGCCGAGCCGUACUUCCAGGGCUGCCCCAGCCUGGUGCGCCUGGACCCCAGCGACGCCAAGUUCGUGGACGUCAUUCACACAGACGCGAAACCCAUGAUUCCCUAUCUUGGGAUGGGAAUGGCUCAGGCUGUCGGCCAUCUUGACUUCUACCCUAACGGAGGGGAGCACAUGCCUGGAUGCGACAAGAACCUCAUCUCUCAGAUUGUGGACAUCGACGGCAUUUGGGAAGGCACCCGCGACUUCGUGGCCUGCAACCACCUGAGGUCCUACAAGUACUACAGCGACAGCAUCCUGAACCCAGAGGGAUUCACUGGGUACCCCUGCUCCGACGGGGGCGUCUUCGAGUCCGGCCGCUGUUUCCCCUGCGGGGACGGGGCGUGUCCCUUCAUGGGUCACCAUGCCGACAAGUUCCGUCGGCCGAACGGGGCGGAGAAGAUGAAGUUCUACCUGAACACCGCCGACGCCAAGCCUUUCGGUCGGUAUCGCUACAAAGUGACGGUCACAAUCAGGGGUAACCGAGCACUUCUCCUGACUGGGACAAUGAGCGUGGCCAUCUACGGGACCCAAGGCAACACGAGACAAUAUCAGAUUAGAAAGGGUCUCCUUAAGCCCGGGAACACGUACGAAGCCUACAUCGACACCGAGACGGACGCGGGCGAAGUGACCAAAAUGAAGUUCAUCUGGGACAACAGCGUCAUCAACCCCUUGUUCCCCAAGCUUGGCGCUGAGAAGAUCGUCCUGCAACGGGGAAAGGACAGGCGCGUUUUCUCAUUCUGUAGCUCCGAGACCGUGCGUGAGGAAGUGCUGCAGACUGUUCCUCUGUGCUGAGCAGUGUGCGGUGGAAAACGCCAGCCAGAACACCAUAAUAAAGCGUCUAUCCAAACGCG